GGGCGGCCGCGGCGGGCGGCAGUGUGCGGCGCGCCGUCCCCGCGUCAUGGCCCCGCGACUGCUGCUGCUGCUCGCGCUGGCGGGUAGCGCGUGCGCAGUGUAUGACGCCGAGCGAGACCGCCUGCGCCUGGACCCGCGGCGCCUGGACCGCGCGUGCGAGCUGUCCUCCUGCUACCCCGCCACCGGCAACCUGCUCAUCGGUCGCGAGCAGCGCCUGCAGGCCUCCUCCACCUGCGGCCUGCAGGCCCGCGACCGCUACUGCAUCGUCUCCCACAUCGAGGACCGCAAGAAGUGCUUCUGGUGCGACUCCUCCGACCGCACCGUCAACAACCCCAUCCUCAACCACCGCAUCCAGAACAUCAUCUACAAGUACCACCCGGGCACGCGCAACCGCUCGUGGUGGCAGUCCGAGAACGGCCGCGAGAAUGUGACAGUGCAGCUGGACAUGGAGGCGGAGUUCCACCUCACGCAUCUCAUCAUCCAGUUCAAAACGUUCCGGCCGGCCGCCAUGCUGGUGGAGCGCUCGUUCGACUUCGGCGCCACCUGGCGCGUGUACCGCUACUUCGCGCACAACUGCGCCGAGGCGUUCCCCGCCGCGCCGCGCCGCUCGCAGCGCUCGCUCACCGAGGUGGUCUGCGAGUCGCGCUACUCCGGCGUGUCGCCCUCCACCGAGGGCGAGGUCAUCUUCCGCGUGCUGCCGCCCAACAUCAACGUCACCAACCCCUACUCCGAGGAGGUGCAGAACCUGCUGCGCAUGACCAACCUGCGCAUCAACUUCACCAAGCUGCACACGCUCGGCGACGACCUGCUCGACAACCGCGCCGAGAUCCAGGAGAAGUACUACUACGCUAUCUACGAGAUGACGGUGCGCGGCUCGUGCUCGUGCUACGGCCACGCGUCGCGCUGCCUGCCCAUGCCGGGCGUGGAGUCCAAGAACAACAUGGUGCACGGCCGCUGCGAGUGCACGCACAACACGCGCGGCCUCAACUGCGAGUACUGCGAGGACUUCUACAACGACCUGCCGUGGCAGCCCGCCGUCGGCAAGACGUCCAACGCCUGCAAGCGCUGCACGUGCAACAACCACGCCACCGCGUGCCACUUCGACGCCGCCGUGUACAACAAGACGGGCAAGAUCAGCGGCGGCGUGUGCGACGACUGCCAGCACAACACCAUGGGCGUGAACUGCGAGCGCUGCAAGCCGUACUUCUACCGCGACCCGGCGCUCGACAUCCAGAGCCCCGACGUGUGCAAGCCGUGCGACUGCGACCCGCAGGGCACCACCGACAACGGCAUCUGCGACGACGAGACCGACGCCGACUACAACAAGACGGCCGGCAGCUGCCACUGCAAGCAGAACGUGGACGGCGCGCGCUGCGACCAGUGCCGCGACGGCUUCUGGCACUUCGACCCCGAGGACCCGCUGGGCUGCCAGCCCUGCACGUGCGACUCGCUCGGCACCAUCGCGCGCCGCGGCUGCGACGCCGACUCGGGCGAGUGCUGGUGCAAGCGCUACGUCACGGGCCGCAACUGCGACCAGUGCCUGCCCAUGUUCUACGGACUGGCCGAGAUCGACGACGGCUGCACGCCCUGCGACUGCGACGUGGGCGGCUCGCUCGACAACUACUGUGAUGUGAUAACGGGUCAGUGCAAGUGUCGCCCGAACGUGGCCGGCCGUCGCUGUGAUCAACCAGUACAAAACUUCUUUGUGGGACCCCUCGAUUCUAUGGUUUACGAGGGUGAGUUGAGUCAGUGCGAUUCCGAAUUAGACGAUAAUGCGAUCCAAAGUCAACUGUGCCAAGUUGUGAUCAGAGAAAACUAUCCCGACCGGAAGGAAACGUGGACCGGACCCGGUUUCAUGAAGCUUCCCGAAGGUAGUACGAUAGUAUUUGUUGUUGAUAAUUUAAUGAGAAGCAUGCAUUACAACGUGUUGCUCAGGUACGAACCGCAGUCUCCGUUAAAUUGGGAGGAAGCUACGAUAUUCGUGAAGAGGCCCCUGCCCAUUGACCCGGACUCCCCGUGCGCCAACGUGCGGCCCGAGGACGACACGGUGCGCACCACGCUGCCCGCCAACCAGCGGAGCGUGCUCGUGCAACCAGCAAUAUGCUUGGAAAAGAAUAAACGCACCGAACUCCGCAUAUUCUUAGGAAGACAAGAUGGCCGCACGUCCAACUCGAGGGCUACUGUUUUAAUAGAUUCCAUUGUUCUUAUUCCAUCUGUUGAAGAUAUGCCUUUCAUUAGUAAUUCUAGCCAAGUGAGAGAGGAGUUUGACCGUAACAACUGUGGAGACUCUUAUUACUAUGACCUCAAUAGAGAAAAUAUCCCCGAAGUGUGCAAGAAAUAUCAUGCGAGCAUUGGAUUUUUCGUACAAAAUGGAUCCGAGCCUUGUCAGUGUGACCCAACCGGAUCCAAGAGUUAUCAGUGUGACCAGUACACCGGAAAUUGUCAGUGUGUCGAAAAUAUAGUUGGGCGUAGAUGCGACCGCUGUGCGCCGGGGACGUAUGGGUUCAGUAAGUUCGGAUGUAAGCGUUGCGACUGUAAUAGCAUCGGAUCAUUAGACAACUUCUGUGACGCCACAAGCGGUCAAUGUAAAUGCAGAGCGAAUACAUACGGACGUGCGUGCGAUCUCUGUCAGCCUGGCUACUUCAACUUCCCCAACUGUCAGCAGUGUGACUGUAACGGACACGCCUUUGAAUGUGACGACAGGACCGGUGCGUGCACAGAGUGUAAUGACUUCACGGAGGGCCACCGCUGCGAGAGGUGUGUGGAAGGGUUCUACGGCGACCCUCGCCUCGGGGUGGACAUCCCGUGCCGCGCGUGCCCCUGCCCCGGGACCAAGGGCGACCCCAACAAGAGCAGCCACGCGGACCGCUGCGAGCUCGACCCGGAAACCAAAGAUGUCGUCUGCGACUGCAAGGAAGGCUACGCGGGACCGCUCUGCGAAGUCUGCGCCGAUAACUACUUUGGUGACCCAAUCAGAGGAACGUGCGAGAAAUGCGAGUGCAAUGAUAACAUCGAUAUUACCAAACCUGGCAAUUGUGACCCCUACACAGGAAAAUGUUUGCAAUGUCUUCACAACACGGCCGGAGAACAUUGUGAUGUUUGCCAGGAUGGAUACUUUGGUAAUGCCCUUGAAAAAGAAUGCUACAAAUGUAACUGCUCUGAGUUGGGUACUAACUUUACCAUCGGAAACUGUGAUCGGGUUACAGGCCAGUGUCCCUGCUUCAAUAAUGUGAUGGGUAUCAACUGCGAUCAGUGCACAGAAAACCAUUGGAGAAUUGCCCUCGGUAAAGGAUGCGACCCUUGUGAAUGUGACCCUGUUGGUUCACUGUCACCUCAAUGCAACCCCUACAUAGGCAAGUGUGACUGCAUCCCAGGUCACGGUGGUCGUCAAUGCGAUCAAUGUCAAGAGAACUAUUGGGGAGAUCCUAACUUAGAAUGCUAUGAAUGCGAUUGUGAUGUUUAUGGAUCUCUCUCCCAACAAUGCAUGCGUGAUAAUGGGUCAUGUAUAUGCAAACCGGGCAUCGGAGGUCACAAGUGCGAUAUGUGUGCUAGAGGGUACUUGGGAGAAGCACCACAGUGCUACGCUUGUGGCGAAUGCUUCGACAAUUGGGACCAGGUUAUUAGUGACCUAGCUCUACAAACUUCAUUUGCUAUAGGAAAUGCAAGCAAAAUAAAGUUAGUCGGUGCUACUGGAGCCUACACCAGAGAUUUCGAAGACAUGGAAAAGAAAUUGGCAGAUGUCGGUAACAUACUUCAAAGCGCUUCCUUAGGACAAGCACGAGUCAAAGAGAUUUAUUCUAACUUGGAAGUAUUAAAACAACAGUUGGCAGAUGCUGAAGAGAAAGUUAAAGAUAGCAACGAUAAUUUGAACUCAAUAACAUCUCAAAUUAACCUUGGCAACGUAACAUUAGACGCCCUCAGACAAAGCAUCGGUAAAUUAAAAGCAAAAACUGUCGAUCUUAGCACUAACGCUACCAAGCUACAGGAAGCCAACUUAGAAGGUGCAUUGAACUUAACUCGCGAAGCCAAACAAAGAGCCUUGAAAGCAGCCGAUGAUGCAGAUAAUGUUCAAACUAUUAUUGCCAAUACAGACCGCCAGAUAAAGAACACUGAUCGAAUGAUAGAAAUGUCAUAUAAUAACUUCAAUAAUACCCAACAUGAGAAUGAUAAGAAGUUGGAUGAUUUGCAAGAGCAGCUGUCAAAACUGGAGUCACAUAUACCAACUCUAAAUGAAAAGAUGUGCGGACAAGAGAGUGAUUCUUGUGAUAUUUGUGGAGGAGCAAGCUGUGGAAAAUGCGGUGGAAUAUCUUGUGAUCAAGGGGCUGUUACAAAGGCUGAGCAGGCUCUAGAUUUCGCAAACAAGACUGAACACCGAAUUAAGGAGCAUGAAUUAACAGCUGAAGAUAUGUACAGGUCCAUUUCACAAGCUAAGCAAGACACCAUUGCCGUUCGAUCUAAAGCAAAGGAAGUAUUCAACGCUGCUAAUGAAUUCAAAGUGUCAGCUGAACGUGUAACCAAUAACAGCAAAGAACUUACCGCUGAACUGAAAGAUUUCCUAUCUAAUACAUCAAGCACGCCUGCCGAUGUACGAACUUUAGCUAAUGAAAUACUAAAUCUAUCUAUUAGCAUUGAACCUAAAGAGAUUACGGAACUUUCUCAGCGUAUUAAUUCCACAGUAUCGCAGCUAACAGACAUUGAAAAUAUUAUAGCAGAGACGCAGCCAGAUCUAGAUAGAGCUAAAGAGCUGAAAAUAAAUGCAACUGCUGUAAACAAAGAAGCUAACCUAACAUUAGAAACGGCUAAUGCAGUACUAGAAGCUUUAGAUAUGGCUCAGGCCGCUCAAGAUGCCGCUGAAAAUGCAAUCAACAAAGCAAACAGCGAUAUCGAUGCUGCUAAGAGUGAUUUGGCUCCUAUUGCAUUAGAAACUGAUCAAGCCCAGAAAAAAGCCAACGAAACUAAAGAGGAAGUUGAAGGACUGCGCUUACGCUUAUCUGACUUGCAAAAGAACAUACUUAAAAUUGAAAGUGACGCGGAACAAGUGAAGCAAGAGGCGGACGAUGUCGUGAAUCGCGCUGAGGGUGCCGAGCAGAAAGCGAGGCAGCUACGCCAAGACUUCAAAACGACGAAUGCGUCCCUCACAGAGCGAGCCAGUCAAACCGUUAACUCGAGAGAGAGGGCGCAGCUACUAUUGAACAGGGCCACAAAACUCGCCAGUGACACACAAACACAACUCAAGCUUCUAACUAAUAUGGAACAACUUUACAAUGAUCACAACGCACAGUUGAGCACUUUGGAGAAAGAAAUAGGCGAUCUUAACUCUCAAAUGAAUUACUACCUGUCGGAAAUCACUAAACGGUCAGAUAACUAUAGAUCUUGUACGACAUAAGUAGAUAAUAUUUUUGUUUAAUUGUGUGAUGUGUUUGUUUGGGGCACUAUUUGAGAAUAAUUUGUACAAGCAAUAUAAAAUUUAAUUUAAUUCCCCAACAUGCAGUCAUUGAGUGCCAUAGACUAAAAAGUAUAAGACGUAGUUAGACUACAUCCUACUCAUAAUUGAGUACCUACUAAACAUAUUUUACCUGUAUACAAAAGAAGUGACUACUGAUGAUAUAAGUAACCACCAUACAAUUUCAUAAAUAUAAACAUCAGAAUCAUUCAGUUACUUCUGUACUGAAAAUGUGUCAAUUAAAACAAUGAUGUUAGCUUAUUUUUGUAAAAACCUGUAAGUUUAUAAAAGGUACCUACAGCAUGUUAUAUCAUAUAAUAUUACCUGUGUGUACACAUAAAGUAUCACCUUUUCUGCAAAUGUAUUCACUUUAUUGCAGCUAUCGACAUGUUUUAUUUAGAUCGCAUAAAUUGCCAAUCCAAAGAAGUAGAGCAUUAAAAUAAUUGUGCACUAUGAAAGUUAUAGUUAUUUUCUUAAUGUUUAGUAACAUUUAAAUCUAAGUCUUACAGUGCCUUUUGUUAAUAAUAACUAUAGUUAAUUUAUGUGUAUUAUUAUGUUGUUUCUAUCUCUACACUGUUGUUUUGUAAGAAUUUAAUGAUGAGUGUGUUUGUAAAAUAUAUUAUAUAUAUCUACUAUUUAAUAUUCUGAAUAAGAUGCAAUAGCAGUAACAUUAGAAUAGAUACUGAGAUUCGUAAUAUACUGUAACUAUUAUGUUACGUUUUUGUACCAUAAUAAUACAUACUUAAUUUAGUGUUGACGACUAUAGGCUAUAUUAUAAGAUUCCUAUUAAUUUGCAUUUACUUGAAUUAUGAUUUGUGCAUUUAAAAUAUUUCCAUGUUUCCAAUUUGCUGAGGCUACUGUUUUCUGUUAACAUGAACAAUAUGUGAGGCACAUUACUUAAUUGUAAUAAUAAAAUACUUUUAUAUCUAA